CUAAGACCAAAUUGGUCUUUGGCUCACACGCCAUUACACAAUCUAUCAAUGCAUAUGUAAUUAUUCACAACAGAAAACAAAGUAAAUUUACAAAGAAGAAUAACUAGGGACCUGCCUAAGCUGUUCCUUCCUUACAUUUGGUGUCACAUAUCAGCAACAAUUUCCGAUGAAAACUCCUCUGCUUUCAUGGCUUUUCUUACUCCGCAUUUGCUAUGUUUCACUCACCUUCCAUACGUUUGUGGUUUCUAGCCAAUGUCCCGGCGAUCAGCAAUCUUUGUUGCUACAAUUGAAGAACACCCUCACAUUUGAUCCUGCAACAUCUCAAAAACUUGUGAACUGGAACCAUGGCUCGGACUACUGCUCUUGGACGGGAGUGUCCUGCAAAGAGGGUUGUGUUUCGAAUCUGGACUUGAGCAGCGAGGCGAUUACUGGUGGACUUGAUAAUUCCAGUUCUCUUUUCGGUCUGAAGUCAAUCGAGAACCUGAAUUUGGCUUACAACUUCUUCAACUACACUCAGAUUCCUUCCGAGUUCAAGCAGCUAACAGGUUUGACCAAUCUGAACUUGUCGAAUGCUGGCUUUGCGGGGCAGGUUCCUAUUGAGAUUUCACACCUUACGAGGUUGGUAAAUCUUGAUUUGUCUACCGACUAUUUCCUCGAAACUCCUGCGUUGAAUCUUGAGAAUCCAAAUUUGAAUGUGCUCAUUCAGAACUUUUCUGAGCUUGUUGAACUUCAUCUAGAUGGUGUAAGGAUAUCAGCACGGGGGACUGAGUGGUGCCAAGCUAUAUCAUCUUCACUGCCAAAAUUGAGGGUGUUGAGCUUGUCCAGUUGUAAUCUUUCAGGCCCUAUUGAUAGUUCAUUACUGAAGCUUCACUCACUCUCGGUUGUUCGUUUAGAUUACAAUGAUUUCUCUAUUCAAGUUCCAGAAUUCUUCUCAAAGUUCCCAAAUUUGACUUCCUUGCACCUAAGCAGUUCUUGCGUAUAUGGUACAUGUUCUGGCUUAUAUGGUACAUUCCCAGAGAAGAUCUUCCAGGUACCUACACUGCAGACUAUUGAUUUAUCAGGCAAUCAACAGCUUCAGGGUUCCUUACCAGAGUUUCCAAAGAAUGCAUCUCUUCGGUCCUUGGUUCUAAGCGGGGCUAACUUUUCAGGGUUACUACCAAACUCUAUUGGCAACCUCAAAAUGUUGUCCAAGAUAGAUAUUUGGCAGUGCAAUUUCACUGGAUCAAUCCCAAGGUCAAUAGAAAACCUUCAUCAGUUGGUUUAUUUUGACUUGUCAUUGAACAAGUUCAACGGUUCAGUUCCAUCCUUCAGUAUGGCCAAGAAUCUAACCCUGAUAAAUCUUUUUCACAAUCAGCUAACGGGUCAGAUUAAUUCCACUCAUUGGGAAAACCUUAGUAAUCUGAUGCAUCUCGACUUGAGUUCCAAUCAGUUAGAUGGGACUAUUCCACCAUCUCUUUUUUCUCUUCCCUUGCUGCAAAAGCUACAGAUUUCCAACAAUCACUUCUCUGGUCAGUUGCCUGAAUUUGCUAAUAACUCUGUACUGGACACCCUUGACUUGAGUGGCAACAAUUUGGAAGGGCCAAUUCCCAUGUCCAUUUCAAAUCUCCGAGGGCUAAAGGUUAUUUCACUUUCUUCAAGCAACUUCAGUGGCUCGUUUCCUCUCAGUGCUCUUCAACAGAUAAGAAAUCUUUCGAGUCUUGAUCUGUCAUACAAUAGCUUGUUGAUUACUUCUGCUGAUAUUAAUUCCUCUUAUUCUUCCUUUCCUCAACUUACCACAUUGAAAUUGUCUUCUACAAAGUUGAGAAAAUUUCCGCAUUUCUUGAGAAAUCAAUCAAAUUUAAGAAUUUUGGACCUUUCACAAAACCAGAUUCAUGGAGAGAUACCCAACUGGAUUUGGAGGCUCAGUUAUCUUUCUGAACUAAAUCUUUCUUGCAACUCCUUAGUAACACUAGAAGGUCCUUUACUUGAAUAUCCUCCUUCUCUGUCUAUGCUUGACCUUCAUUCCAACCAGCUUAAGGGACAAAUUCCAAUGCUUCCACAAUUGGCCACUUAUCUUGAUUACUCAAGAAAUGAUUUCAGCUCAAGCAUUCCGGCUGACAUUGGUGAUUUCCUUAUGUUAACUGUGUUCUUCUCUCUUGCGAGCAACAAGUUAAAUGGAAGCAUUCCAGAAUCAAUGUGCAAGACACCAUAUCUUAAUAUUCUUGAUUUGUCCAAUAAUUCCUUAAGUGGCAUGAUUCCUCAGUGCUUAAUUGCUGGAAGCAGUUAUCUUGGAGUACUUAAUUUAAUGACCAACAACCUUACUGGUGCGAUUCCUGAUAAAUUUCCUCGAUCUUGUAGUUUGCAAACGGUAGACCUGAAUGGAAAUCAGAUAGGAGGCCAAUUUCCAGAAUCUCUAGGCAACUGCAACCUGCUAGAGGUGUUGAACCUUGGAAACAAUCAGAUCACUGGUACUUUUCCACGCUCUUUAAACAAAAUGCCCCAAUUGCGUGUGCUUAUUUUACGAUCAAACAAAUUUUAUGGGCGCAUUGGAUGUCCUAAGACCUAUGGCAGCUGGCCAAUGCUUCAAAUUAUUGACCUAGCUCACAACAAUUUCAGUGGUCAAAUACACGGAAGAUGCUUGAAAACCUGGCAGGCGAUGAUGGCUGACGAAGGUGCUAGCCUGUCACAACUGGACCACAUCAAAUUUCAGGAAACAAAUUCACCGGAUCAAUACCGGUGGAAAUGGGAAAACUCAAAUCGCUCUAUGUCCUCAACUUGUCUAGUAAUGCUCUAACAGGUGAAAUCCCAUCAUCUUUGGGCAACUUACAACACGUUGAGUCCUUAGACUUGUCGAACAACAGCCUGAGUGGGAAAAUUCCAUCACAGCUCGCAAACCUCACAUUCAUUUCAUUCUUAAAUCUCUCAAACAAUGAACUGACU